CAGCGCUCCUGCUCCCAGUGGCGACGUUUGCGCCGAAACGCGUUAUGGAUAUUGAAUGGGGUUUCAUGUUUUUCCUUUUUUUGGGGGGGAGAGGGAUUUUAGGGUGCUGCGUCAUCCGCGGCUUGAGAAGGAGAUGGACUACUUUGCAGAUUUCCCCACUAUUCCACUGUUUUGGCAGUCAGCACGGGUCCUCCCCAGCGGAUUGUACAUGAUAAAAGGAGAGAUGGAGUGAGGAAAAUGGCAAAGCAUUGUCUCGCUGUGAUUGAAGAGCCACCGUGACUCGCGCCAGAGGUGGCAUGUCUGACUGGGUGACCUGCUCUAGGCCAGAAUGAGCAAACGUAAGAGAAAAAUCCCAACCGGUGAAGAUGGACAGCACAGUCUCGGAAUGGAAAAGUGCAGUUGCCCUCACUCCAUUAUGAGGAGCCAUCUGCGAUUGGCUGCAAGCACCCAACCUUCUCAGGUGCAGACGAUGUCUGGCCCACCAGGUCACAGUCAGUACUCUCCCGGACUGUGCACAGUAGUGGCAGGAGGUGGGAGGUGUCAUGGUUGCCUGCUGAAAGAGAAGGACUACAUUGCCCAUGAUCAUCAGGGUCGAGGAGACCCCAGAGAGAUGAUUGACAGCCGAAGCUGAGACGAAACACAACUGUGAAUCAAUAAGUCGGUGCUUCUCCAAAAGCCAAUAGGCAUUUGGACUAUUGGUGCUGAAAACAGCAGUGUGACAGGACAGAUAUUCUCAGUGUUGGAGUGAGGCCCUCUCUGUGUUGCAGUGGAGGGCUUCACAGACGCAGCUAUUCUGGCUGGAUGCAUCACGCAGUAGAGCAGUUUGGCGGGCGUGGCACACGGGAUUCCUUCCCUCUGGACGGACUCCACCGGGGACCAUGGGCUCCCGUGGGCGGCCGCGCCUGGCAGCCACCUGCCAGAUGUUCGCCUGGAAUGAACCAACACCUUCCCCAUCUACCUCCUGGUCCUCUGGGCGGACUGAACCACCCCAGUAAAUUCUUUAGUAAUGGGCCCAUGAGAGGAGGUGAGAAGCUUGAGCUCCAUCAGCCAAUGUUACCAGGCCUGCAGAGGGAGCAGCAGAGGCCUCCCCAUCUCCAUCCUCCACCUCCUCACAGAGCGUGGGAGCAACUAGGCCAGCUGUAUGAAUCUCACCUCCCUCCUCAAGGACAUCCUGUUGUGCCCCUGCCCAAUGAGCACACACUUCGCCUUCAUAGUGGAGGCUAUGCUGGUGGUGGCGGACCUCCCCCCAACUCACAUAUUCCACACACCAGGCCCAAUCAACUGCUGAAGUUUGGGGGUCCUCAGGAGCAGCAUGUUCCCAGGGGUCCACCACUGCUGGGAGAUGAGAUGUGGGCUCAGGUGCACCAGCAGAGGGGCUACCCAGGGAAGAUGCUCGGAGGUCAAUUGAAAAGACCGGGCCCUCCGUUGGGAGAGCACUCUGUUAUCCAGCACACUCCUCCGCCAUCCCUGCACCCACCACCCCACCCUCCUGCUGCCGAGGACUGUCCCAGCCCCAGCAAGAGGAAAAGGAGUUCGGACCAGGUAUCCCACCCUGGACUGCAGCGUUUCCCCGGUCCUGGCCAGUCUUUAUUGUCUCAACAGCAGUCAUCAAUCCACCACCUCCCUCCAAAACCUGCCCUCUGGAACCCCCUUCACAAGGACAACACCCCCUGGCAGCCCCACACCUCUGACCGCAAGAACCCACCAUCACAGGAGUUCCAGGUCCGAACAGACGCCAACAAACAAAGAAUGGGUUGCUACACUCAAAAGUCCGCUCCUGCCUCUUCCACCCCUCCACAAAACUCCCCUCCCGGAAGCUACAACCAGGGAUGUGCUCCUCAGCUCCAGAAAGACACAUUCCAACCUCAGGCUGUAAACCAUCAGUCCCCUCACUCCUCCUACCCCAGCCCUGGCUCCAAACUGGGGCUGGCACCACCCUGCCAGGCGGUGGAACCUCGUGGUCCUCACAACCAGAGGGUCCCUCUCAUUGGGGGCCAAGGUGGCAGCCAAGCUACCUCCUACACAGUGUCUACCCCAACCAGGGGGGACAGAGAUCAACACCUACAUGCCCAAUCGUCACCAGCAAACCCUUCUGCAACCAGCAACGGCAGCAGUGUGCCUUACAGCCACUUCCAGCCUCAUCCAGGGCUGGGGCACCAGGGUCCUCCACCUGCGAGCAGCACCUCCGUAUCUCAGCAACAGCGAAGUGGGCCCCAUGAUGCCUGGAGAUACCAGGGCAGGCCCAGCAGUCACUCUCUGGAGUCGGGCAUCUACAGGCCUCCAGGACUGCUACCUCCGCACCAGCAAAACCACAAUCAGCUCGUGGACAGUCGGGUUCCCUCGCAGCAUCACCAUCACACAAGUCCUCCCCUGCCCCAAACCAGCUCCACCCGAACACCCGUCAUUAUCCCUAAUAUUCCCAGAUCCCAGGCCUCCAGCUCUAUCAGCGGCUACAGCAGCAGCCCCAGUGGCGUAACGAUGGCUGGUGAAGCCACAGCAACCACAGCCCCCCCUGCUGGCUGCUCUGUGAUCAAUGGCAGCAGUAAUAACAGUUGGCAGAGAGGACGAGAGCCGGUACACCGUACCUCCUCCAAUGCCAUCAUUAGCUCCAACUCUCAGCUUGAUGCUCUGCUGCAACCUGGUUUUCAGAGAGGUCAAGCUCCCAUGGCCAACCAGCUUCACCCACAGGGGCUGCCCAGAACACAACAACAGGUACCCAGCAAGUCCCAGCCCACGAAGGGCAAGAUGUCUUAUUAUCCUCAGGCUGAACUGGAGCAGCGUCCUGCAUUUUCCUCAUCAUCUUUCUUCUCCUCAAGGCACCAGAGGUCAGGAGACAGUGUAAUAACAAGCAGAGUUACAAAUCCACCUCCUCGCCCCACUGUCAACUCUGCCCCUAAGCCCUCCAAUGCCCUCCUCUCCUCCAGACGAGGUCAUCAGCCAGACUCUGCCUCGACUCAGGUGUAUUCUCAUUCCCAGAAUCAUCCACCAGCUCCAACCCAAUCCAUCGAGGAGGCUCUAGACAAGCUUGAUGCUGAGCUAGAGGGACACAUGCAAGCUGAGGAAAAGAGGAAGAGAGAGGAGCAAGAGAGAAAAGUAAGAGAAGAGGAGAGGCGGAAGAAAGAGUGGGAGAUGAGACUAAAGCAGGAGGAGGAGAGAAAGAGGAAAGAGCUGGAAAAGGAGGAAAGGAAAAAGAGAGAACUGGAGAGACAGGAAGAGGAGAGGAGAAGGAGAGAAUGGGAGAGGCAGGAGCAAGAGAGAAAGAGGAGGCAAGAAGAGGAGAGGCAGGAGGAGGAGAGGAAAAAGAGAGAGUUUGAGAGACGGGAAGAGGAGAGGAAAAGGCAAGAAUGGGAGAACAAGGAGCGGGAAAGGAAGAGGAGAGAGCGGGAGAGGCUGGAGCAGGAGAGAAAGAAGAGAGAACUGGAGAGGCAGGAGGAAGAAAAGAAAAAACUAAGAGAACUGGAGGAGAAAAAGAGGAUGGAACAGAAAGCAUGCAGUGCGAAAGGCAAAGAGCAGACUGCUAUUGAAAAUCUGGAGAGACUGCUCUCCAGCAACUCUUCCCUCACACCCCCACCACCUCGCCUCUCUUCUGUCGCAGCGCCUCAUUCAGGUCCACCACCCCCCAGUUCCCAGGCCUCACCCAUGUACCCCUGGCUAAGCCGUGGUGGCGUUCUACCCUGUCCAUCUGGCCAGACACCCCCCACCACUACUCCUGUAGAAAGGCUGCGGCCGCCUCCUCUUACUCCUCAGACUGAGUAUGCCAGAGAAAAGCAGAGGCAGAGGGAGAUGUGGGGCAACAAUGGCGGAACAACAUUCAGUCCCUCAUCAACACACAAUACCUCAGGGAUGAACCAGCCGGUGUACCCCACCAAGCCACCGGCAAUGCAAGCCGCACCCAACCAAUCCAAAGACACAUCCAGGGAGAGAGACGGCAGCAGCCAUCACCCUCUGCCCACCAUGGCACUUAGAGAGCCCCCCAAACUGUAUCAGGCUUUUCCCAGAGAAAACCCUCCACCACCACCUUUAUCCUCCAGCUCCAUGGGGGGAGUUCUCCACAAACGGGUGACAGGAAGUGGUUUGGUAAACGCCAGCAGCAGCAACUCCGACACCGCUCAGUUUGAGGAGGAGCCCUCAGAGAUGUCCACACUGCUCCCCGAUGGUCUGGCAAACAUUAUGGCCAUGCUGGAUGAGUCUAUCAAAAAGGAAGAGGAGAUGUAUAACAGUGAGAAGACCGGCUCCUCUGGCCUGCUGGACAACUUUUCUCCUAAUGUCCAGCCUAUCAAUAGCUACCUGUGUGCCCCAGACCUCGUUCCAGCAACUAAGCAUCAGCCCAACCAGGAAGACUUUGGAUCUAAUCCCCACGCUAGUCCUCCUGUGCUCAGCCGCCAAGGCUCCCUGGCAUCCCCCUGCAGCCGGACGUCCUCUCUCAACGAGGAGGACGAGGAGUAUCCUAAACCCUCUCUGAAUGUCUCCAAACACCCAAUGGACAUGGGGAUGGGAGUAGGCAACACCAACUACCGCCACAGUGACCUGGCUAAACUCUACGGCCUCCCUGAGCAGACUAAAAGUGAGGCUGAUGAGGACGAUGACGAAGAGGAUUCUGAAACUCCGUCUUGUUCUCCACCACCCCAGAGACCCCACCUCCACCAAACAGGCGUAAACAGCAUGUUCAAGUCCUUAGCAACGGUCCUGGAGAGCCAGAAGUAUGCGUACCGAGGUGGGCCCUUUGGGAGACCACCUCCAUCUGCUUUGGUCGGGGUCAAAUAUUCCUCAUCACUGUCUUUAGGACCUGAUAUCUGCCGUCAGCAGCAAAGUUCUUCUCCCACAUCUGAUUCAACCAAUCCACCGUUCAGUCCAGCUGUCCCAGCUCUGAAGUCCUCUCCUCCUCUGCUGGAAGACAAGAAACUGAAAAUAGAGGACGUCAACAUCUGGAGAGAUAAUAGAGAAACAACAGAGGAAAUCAUAAACGCCAUCAAAAUGGAGAGGACCCCUACCAUUAAGCCUAUUAAAGUGGUCAAGGAGGAGGAAGAGCUGACGACCAUCUCAGAGUCUUCUCUGGCAGAGUUGGGUAAGAGCUGUGAGGUCAUACUCAGCCAGCAGUCGCUUACUAACAAGAAGUCCCUCGACAAACCUGACAGUCAUGUCAGACUGGAUGAGAGCAACAAACCUGAGAAAUUCAAGGAACACAGAAACAGGGAUAGAGAGAAGAAGAGGAAGCAUGGUCACAGCCACAGUAGCAGCAGAAAGCAUGAAGAUAGAAAAGAAAAGAAGAAGCAUAGAGAAAAAAGAGAGGAGAUGGUGAUUUCCUCCUCCUCCUCCUCCUCAUCAUCUUCCACUCAUUCCAGCUCCAGUCACAAACGGCACAAGGAUGGCAAGAGCCAUAAGGAGAAGGAUCGGAGAAUCCUUGGUGACCUCAACCUCCAGAGUAAAGAGGGCUCAGAGAAGAAUCGGAGUCACUACGACACGGAUAAAAAGAAACGCAAGGAAGCAUCCGGUACCAGCUCCGCCAGCGAAGAGGAACCUGCAGAGUGGACCUCAAGGAGCUCUGAGCACAGAAAAGGCUCCGAGUCUGGGUCUUCGUUAGGUUGCACGGACUUCCUGAAAUUGAAGGCACUGUCGGAUGGGCCGCCCAAAGAGCUGAAGAUCCGCCUGAUUAAAGUGGAGAGCGGCGACAGGGAGACGUUCAUCGCCUCUGAGGUGGAGGAAAAGAGAAUCCCCCUGGAAGAAAUCAGCAUCAAGAACACUGCCGGAGAAAUCAUCAGGUCUUGCAAGGGGGCCAAAGUCAAAGGGAAGUUCAGAGAAUCGUUCCUGCUGCCAGCCUUCUCCGUGAAGCCCACCAUGACCUCAGAGGAGCCCAUUCCGCGAGAGAAACUCAACCCCCCUACACCCAGUAUCUAUUUGGAGAGUAAGAGGGAUGCCUUCUCCCCUGUGCUGCUGCAGUUCUGCACAGACCCUAAGAACCCUGUUACCGUCAUCAGAGGCCUGGCUGGAUCUCUACGACUAAACCUGGGGCUGUUUUCUACUAAGUCACUGGUGGAAGCCAAUGCAGAGCAGGCGGUGGAGGUGAGGACUCAGGUGCAACAGCCUGCUGAUGAAAACUGGGACCCCAGUGGGACGGGUCAGACGUGGCCCUGUGAGAGCAGCCGUUCCCACACCACCAUCGCCAAGUACGCCCAGUACCAGGCCUCCAGCUUCCAGGAGAGUCUGCAGGAGGAGAAAGGUAGUGAAGAGGAGGAGGAAGAUGAUGAGAAGGAGAAGAAGCUAUCCAACUGUUCUGAUUCUCCCACGAAAGACAGCUCUAAAGAAAGUACCAGUGGUGAACAGAAACCAGUAGGAAAGAUCAUUAAAUUUGGAACAAACAUUGACCUGUCUGAUCCCAAGAGGUGGAAGUCCCAGCUUCAAGAGCUGCAGAAGCUGCCGGCUUUUAUGCGUGUUGCAUCCAGUGGAAACAUGCUGAGUCAUGUGGGACAUACGAUCUUAGGCAUGAACACUGUGCAGCUCUACAUGAAGGUUCCAGGGAGCCGAACACCAGGUCACCAGGAGAAUAAUAACUUCUGCUCUGUGAACAUCAACAUCGGUCCUGGAGACUGUGAGUGGUUCUCUGUCCAUGAGAACUACUGGCAGGCCAUCAACGACUUCUGUGAAAAACAUGGAGUGGACUACCUGACGGGGUCCUGGUGGCCGGUGCUGGAGGAUCUCUACAAGGCCAACAUCCCUGUGUACCGCUUCAUCCAGCGGCCUGGAGACUUGGUCUGGAUCAAUGCUGGAACUGUUCACUGGGUUCAGGCUGUGGGCUGGUGCAACAACAUCGCCUGGAAUGUCGGCCCUCUUAACGCAUACCAGUACCAGCUGGCCCUGGAGAGGUUCGAGUGGAAUGAAGUCAAGAAGGUGAAGUCCAUCGUCCCCAUGAUUCAUGUGUCCUGGAAUGCGGCUCGCACCGUCAAGAUCACAGACCCAGACACCUACCAGAUGCUCAAACACUGCCUGCUCCAGUCAAUGAAGCACAUCCAGAUCCUACGAGACCAACUGGUGGCUGGCGGCAAGAAGAUUUCCUAUCAGAGUCGGGUCAAGGAUGAGCCUGCCUACUACUGCAACGAAUGUGAUUUGGAGGUGUUCGAUUUGUUGUUUGUGACAAGUGAGACCAGCAGCAGGAAAACGUACGUGGUUCACUGUGAGGACUGCGCACGUCAGCGCAGCCCCAACCUGAACAACGUGGUGGUUCUGGAACAGUACCGCAUAGAGGAGCUCAUGAGCACAUACGACUCCUUCAGCAUGGCUGCCGCCGCCUCCUCCCGGUGACAGAGCUCCCCUCCUGCAUCUCCUCAGCCAUAACCAAAACUCCUGCAAGUCAGGACAAGACACAGUUUCACUUUGGUUUUCAACCUAACCAUCCAUUAUUUAAGAUCAUCUUUACUACUGCUAGUACUUGCCGAACAGCCAGUUGAAUACGUUUACUUAUCAUCACUGUUUACAAAAAGAAAAACCAAUCCGCCAAUAAAUCAAAAUACCAGUUUACUCUCAGAUGGUGCUUUGAAACAGAAAUCCUGGCAACAUUGAAGUUGAGGACCAGGGGGCAGUUGGUGCUGCCAUUGAAGAAACUGUGGAGGGUAGUUGAUUUCAAUGGCGUGUUUCUGUCAGUACCACAACAAACUCUUUCUGUUGUUGUUGUCGUCUUGAAUACUGAAAUUUGUACAAGCCGUUUGCAAUUUUUGUGGGGUGCUGUCUUUUUUUAAAUAAUUUAUUGUUGUUUUUCUAAACUAGAUCAGCCUAGAUAUAUACCACAUUGGCCUUGUAUUUAGAAAAGAGACAAAAUAAAAAAAUACUAAUAAAAGAUAUGAACAUUUUUCUAAAGCAUUAAGAAUUUUAAAAAGUUAAAUUGUUUGGAAUGCUUCAAAACAUACGGGUUUUAACGACUUCGGUGGUUUGGGGGGGAUUUCAUUUUUGUUCUUGUAUGUGUUGUAAAUCUUGUUUUUAUCAAUUAUACUUUUAUUUCCCUUUGGAGAUUAAUAUUCAGUUGUCACACAUCAUCAGGUCUUUGUGUUCAUUUUUUUUUAAAUUUCUCUAUGAACUAUUGAUCUCUUUAAAAAAGAAAGAAAAACUCCUUGUCAUCUGGUGUUUGUGUGUUGUACCUCUGAUUGUUUUGUUCCGAUAUGCAGACUUAGUAUUUCCUGGAUUUUUUCCUUUUCUUUUUGGCAUUGUACAUUUAAUUUAAAAAGUUUCCUCUAUUUAUUGUAUAUCAAUGUUCUCCCUUUUUUGAUAGGGUUGUACAAGUUUGCGAUUUUUUAUGGUGACCGAUUGCUCUGUAAGAACUGAAAUGUGGGGGUUGUGUGUGUGCAGGAGUGGAGGCUGCUGUUUCUUUGGUGCUUGCCUCACACGAGUCCUGUGUUUUUCUCCUGAUAUAUAUUAAAUGAUAUCUUUAUCUUGAAUAUAACGCCACCUUUCCUGUAGAUGAUAGGCACACUGCUCAUGUAGAGACGAUGACUAAUGGAAUGCUGUGUUUGUAUGCUCAUUAAGGAAAAAAACAAAACAACUUUUUCCAAAGUGUUUUGAGAAAUGUUAAUUUUUUUAUUACGUAGGGGGCUUUUAGACAAGAUUUUAAUGAUUUUAUGAUAUCUGUUAAAUAUGAUAACGGGAUAGAUGGUGCUAAAUGUUCUCUUUGAACAACCUUUUUUCUGUUUGUCUUCUUAAAAUGAGAAUUCUAUUUUUCCUGUUGCAAUAUUACCUUAACCUUUUCCUUCUCUUUGUGGUCAUUUAUUUAUAACUGCACUGUUUAGAGAAUUCACAGACAUACUUGCAGACACACACACCAAACUGAGCCAGACAUGUCUUAAACACUUGUGAAUUUGUGUGACAUUACUAUGACUAUUAAUAAACGCUUUUUGAUAAAUCCA